UUUGGGCUUUUCAACCAAUCUGUGCUGGCGUCCCAAAUCCAAUAAGAAGGGACAACUGACGGAUAUUUCUAUCUUCUCCUUCCUUCGCCAAACACGACAGAGGAAGACGAGCAAAUGGAAACUAAUCUCUGCUUUUCCACUCUGCUGUUGCUUCUCAUCGGUGCCAUCUUUACCUUUCAGUCUCAGGUUAUCGCAGUGGAACCAGUCUCCGUUCUCAAGCUGAACUCCAGGAUUCUUCAGGAUUCAAUACUUAAAAAAGUCAAUGGAAAUCCCAAAGCUGGAUGGAAAGCUACCAUGAACCAUCAUUUUUCCAAUUACACUGUUGCCCAAUUCAAGCAUCUUCUUGGAGUCAAACCAACACCAAAAGAGGAGCUGAGGGGAAUUCCUGUAAUAAGUCAUCCAAAAUCCUUGAGAUUGCCAGAAGAAUUCGAUGCCAGAACAGCUUGGCCACAGUGCAGUACCAUUGGAAAAAUUCUAGGUCAUUUGCUUUCUUGCUUUCUAAUUUUCAUGGUUGUCUUCAUGGUGCUGAUCCAGGGUCAUUGUGGAUCCUGCUGGGCAUUUGGUGCUGUCGAAUCGCUAUCUGAUCGAUUUUGUAUCCAUUAUGGCAUGAACAUCUCUCUGUCAGUCAAUGAUCUCUUAGCAUGCUGUGGCUUUUUGUGUGGAAGUGGUUGUGAUGGAGGAUAUCCAAUUUCUGCAUGGAGAUACUUUGUCCACCAUGGUGUUGUUACGGAGGAGUGUGAUCCAUACUUUGAUGAUAUUGGCUGUUCUCACCCUGGUUGUGAGCCUGGAUAUCCCACGCCAAAGUGCGCGCGGAAGUGUGUCAAUAAGAACCAGCUCUGGAAGAAGUCAAAGCACUAUGGUGUCAAGCCGUACAGAAUUGAUUCUGAUCCCGACAGUAUCAUGGCAGAAAUUUAUAAGAAUGGGCCAGUUGAGGUGGCCUUCACUGUUUAUGAGGAUUUUGCUCAUUAUAAAUCGGGAGUCUACAAGCACAUAACAGGUGGCAUGAUGGGAGGCCAUGCUGUUAAGCUUAUUGGUUGGGGAACUUCUGAAGAUGGGGAAGCUUAUUGGCUUCUUGCCAACCAGUGGAAUAGAGGCUGGGGUGAUGAUGGUUACUUCAAGAUUAGAAGGGGAACAAAUGAGUGUGGUAUUGAAGGGGAUGUGGUUGCUGGUUUGCCCUCAACCAGGAAUCUUGUUAGAGAGGUUGUGAGUAUAGAUGCUCGUGAGGAUGCUUCGGCAUGAAAUCAGACUAAUUAUUAUAUCUCGAAGUGCUGUAAUUUAUGUAUCAAUAUUGGAUUCUUGUGAUUAGAAAUGGGCUUUCGCUGUAUGCAUGGGACGAAACCAGGUACAUGCAUCCAUGUAAACUGUUAUCUUAGUUGAAAUUUGCUAUCUGUGUGAGAAUCAAACAGUAUGUAGAUAUUGUAUCAUUUGAUAUUUACUGAUAACAUAAUAUUCACCUUCUUGGCGUGUAUCA